AUGUGGCAGCAACUAGAAAUCACUGGCCCCCACAUCACAUACCUAACCUUCGCCCUCUUCCUAAUAACCUACGCCCUCCUUAGCCUCCCCAUCCGCAACACUCUGCACCUCUCUGAACCCCCGCUCGCCGUCCUCUAUGGCAUUCUCCUAGGUCCUUACUCGCUCUCCUGGAUCACACCCCACAAAUGGGGGUUCACAGACGAAACCAUUCAAGAGGUUACCCGCGUAAUCGUGGGUAUCCAGUGUUUUGCCGUCGGCAUUGAGCUCCCGAAUUUCUACUUUAGACGCCAUUGGAAGUCUGUGGUUUGGUUCCUGGGCCCGGUUAUGGGGUUCAGUUGGGGUAUCACGAGUUUGUUUGCGUACUUGGUGUUGGGGAUGGGGGGGUUAGGAAUAGGAUGGCGAACCGCCAUGGUGCUUGGUGCUUGUAUGUCCCCCACGGAUCCGGUGUUAGCUGCUAGCGUGCUUUCGAAUUCUCGCUUCAGUGGGCGGGUUCCUCGACGGUUGAGGCAUCUUCUUGGGGCGGAGAGUGCGUGUAAUGAUGGUGUUUCGUUUCCUUUUUUGUAUAUUGGGAUUAUGGCGUUUAAAUACUCGACGACUGUGGAAGCGUUAAAGGAAUGGGUGUUGGUUACUGUUUUGUGGCAGUGUAUUCUAGGGAUUUGUUUGGGGUUGGUCAUUGGCAAGGUGGCUAACAGGGUGUUGAGAUUCUCGGAGGGGAGGGAGUGGAUUAGUCAGAGUUCUUUUGUGGUUUUUUAUUUGUUGCUUGCUGUUUUCUCGCUGGGUGUUGGGUCGAUGUUGGGUUCUGAUGAUUUUCUUGUUGCGUUUGGGGCGGGUGUUGGUUUCGCUCAUGAUGGCUGGUUUUCCAAAAAGACGAGGAGCUUACCGUUCCCUGCUAUCAUCGAUAUGAUUCUCAACUCUGGACUAUUCAUCUUCUUCGGCUCCAUCAUUCCCUUCAAAGAGUUCGUCGACGUCGGAGUAGGGAAACUCCUCGGCUUCUUCCUCCUCGUCAUUCUAUUCCGACGAAUCCCCAUCGUCCUUGUACUAAAAAGGUUCAUCCCCGACAUCAGAACCUACAGAGAAGCACUCUUCUGUGGACACUUCGGACCUAUGGGCGUCGGUGCUCUGUUCCUAGUUAUAGAAGCGCGGGCUCAGUUAGAGACUGGGACUUCGAUACCCAAGCCUAGCCCAGAUAUCAAACCAGGACCCGACUUGGAUGAAAAGCAAAAAGCGACUUUAUAUAUUUGGCCAAUUAUCUGUUUUGUUGUGCUGGGAAGUACAAUGGUCCAUGGGGUGAGUACCGCUGGGAUUAGUGUUGCGGGCCAUUUCUCGAGGGAUGUGGGAGAGAGGAGUCGGCUGCUAGGAGGUGAGACUGAGGGGCUUGGAGGAAUGGUGCAUGAGGGAGGUGGUGGAGAGAGUGAGCCGGAGGUUAGUGGGGAAGAGGAUGAGAGGUGA